CUCUGUUUUUCUCUCCUCUCUGUCUCCUCUUUUCUCCAUCUCUCAGAGCAGAUACGGUGUAGGAGAUCGAGGUGUUAGGCUGUACGGCGCUUUACCCUUGAGGCCCAACCCUGAGGAGAAAAGACUGCCCUCUUCAGGGUUUGAUGGUGACAACAUGUACAUGAGUGAGAACAACCAAGAGUUCCUCUCCCCGAGUCAGCAGAAUUACUCAGGACAGGGAGGGGGCAGUGGGAACGGCGGAGGAGGGGGAGACGAGGACUACGAGAUCCCUCCUAUAACCCCACCGAAUCACCCCGAGCCGCCGCUGCUGCACCUGAUGGACCCCGAGUCCGGCUACCUGUGUCACUCCAUCCCUCACAACGGCCUGAUCAACCCGUACUCGUACCCCGAGCUGCCUGCCCUCAUGAUGUCCAACAUGCUCGCCCAGGACGGACACCUGCUAUCCAGCCAGAUGCCCUCGAUCACAGGAGAGAAGCGACCCUCCUCUGACAUGAUGAAGCCCAAGCCCAAACCUCAGAAGAAGAAGAAGAAGAAGGACCCCAACGAGCCGCAGAAGCCCGUCUCAGCCUACGCACUCUUCUUCAGGGACACUCAAGCCGCCAUCAAGGGGCAGAACCCCAACGCCACCUUCGGAGACGUCUCCAAGAUCGUGGCCUCCAUGUGGGACAGUCUGGGAGAGGAACAGAAACAAGCAUACAAACGGAAAACAGAAGCAGCAAAGAAGGAGUACCUGAAGGCCCUGGCAGCGUACCGAGCAAGCCUGGUUUCCAAGACCUACAGUGACCCGGUGGAGAGCAAAAGCGCCCAGUCUAGUCAGCCAUCAUCACACAUGAUGGGUCCCAAUGCCCCCCUGUACAGCGUCCCGCCCCAGCCCUCCUCCCCGUACCUGGGCCCCAGCCCCUUCCCCCUCUCGGACCUCCAGAGCUACGCGGUGGGGGCUCCCAGACACGGCCUGCCCCGUUCUGCCAUGCUGCCAGCACUCAGUGCCUCCCCUCCAGCAUCCUUCCAGAUCAGCCCUCCCCUCCACCAGCAGCUCUCUCUGCACCAGGGCUCCCUCCUCAACCAGCCAAUCCGCAUGCAGCAGGUCCAGUCGCAGCCAAUCAUCUCUCACCAGAUGGGCCUCCAGGCUCCGCUGCACUCCCCACCCCCAGGACAGCAGGGAUUCUCUCACUUACAGUCCGAGUAUCAGAAGAGCGUGGGGGAGUCUCAGUCUCCAGGAGCUCCGAACCCAGUGGGCCAGAACCCCGACUGGGACAGCGAGUACUGCAACCGGGAAUGCGGCGGAAACCACUGCAGUGGCAGUAUGAUAGGCAGGGAUAAGCCACUCUACCUCACUUGAAGCAAGACAAGGAGAAUGGAAAGAGAAAAGAUGAAACAACACCAGGGAGUCCCCCGCACCUCUCCACCCUUCCCAGACAUCAUCAGUUUCCCUCAGUGUCAUUUUUCAUUCGUUUUUAGAAGGAUGUGUGUGUGUACGCGUUCUGAAGACUACUAGUGAUCCUCUCAUUUUUACCAAGCACUUAAAAAUGUACAGGCCUCUCCGCCAGAGAUCUCAGAGAGCACUCACCCCAUCUCUGAAUAAACUUAAAAGAAAAUGACAAAAAAAGAUGUAUAUAACAAAAACGAAAAAAGAAACAAAAAAAUGCCCUCAGGGCAAAUGAGCUUUAACUAAAACAGAGGAAAAACUCUCCUCGUAGUUUCUCAGUUACUUUCCUCCUGGUCUCAUUUUUAUUUUUAUUUGAUUUUUUUGUUUUAUUGUUGUACUUUUAUUUAUUUUCUGCUUGCAACAUAGCACUUCUUUUGGCCGAUAACAGGUCCUUUACUUUAGAGAAAAUACUCUUCUGAGGGCGAUACGUUGCUGUUCAACUAAUGCUCUGUGAAUUUUACGCAAAAAAAUAGACAAGAAAAAAAGAAAUAAGUAAAAGGAAAAAUUGAUAAAUACAAGUUCUUUUUGUAAUUUUAAAGACCCACGUAGGUCUUUGUUGAUCUGUCACAGUGUGAUUGUAAAUAUCACUUUUUGGGGGUCAAAUUGGGCAGAUGAAGUCCAGAUAUUUUUUCUUCUUUAAUAUGACAUAAUUCAUUGAUUUGUAUUUUAAAUGGUAUUUGUGAAUGCGUGCUGGUAUGAAUGAGCGUGUGAGUGUAUUUGUUGCGUUGUGUAACUGAACAGCCUGUGCAGGUGAUAUCAGAAGAGUGUUUCCACACGUACACAAUCUUGCAUUAAAAUCUGUGCUCAAUGGUGUGAUUUCCCAAAAAAGAUCCAUGGCAAAAACAAUGACAGACUGCAUGACCUGGCUCUCCAUUUAGGCUCCCCGAUUCAUCGGAGACUAAUUUUUUAUUUUGAAGCAAACUCCUACAUGACUUAGUAUGGAAGCCUGU